AUGGAUACACAGGUUAAAUGCUGCUUCCUUCAUCACUCCUCAUCAACAACAUCCACUCCCAGUCUCAAGUCCUGCUGCUGGCGGGACAAGAGGGACCUGUCCACCCUGGACCUCAUCAGACCCCACUUACACUGGGACAGGAAGGACCCGGCCAUCCUGGACCACAUCAAACCAUGCUGGUACUGGGACAAGAAGGACUUGGCCCACACUCCUUCCCAGUCAGAGGGACUGGACCCUGCCACCGAGGCCCGGUACCGCAGAGAGGGGGCCCGGUUCAUCUUUGAUGUGGGCACACGGCUCGGGCUGCACUAUGACACACUGGCAACUGGGAUCGUCUAUUUCCACCGCUUCUACAUGUUCCACUCCUUCAAGCAGUUCCCCAGAUAUGUGACAGGAGGGUGCUGCCUCUUCCUCGCAGGCAAAGUGGAGGAAACUCCAAAGAAGUGCAAAGACAUCAUCAAAACGGCUCGCAGCCUGCUCAACGACACGCAGUUUGCACAGUUCGGAGAUGAUCCCAAGGAGGAGGUGAUGGUGUUGGAGCGCAUCCUGCUGCAGACCAUCAAGUUCGACCUGCAGGUGGAACAUCCGUACCAGUUCCUGCUGCGCUAUGCAAAGCAACUCAAAGGCGACAAGAACAAGGUGCAGAAGCUCGUUCAGAUGGCCUGGACCUUUGUGAAUGACAGCCUUUGCACCAUGGUGGCCCUGCAGUGGGAGCCUCAGAUCAUUGCGGUGGCUGUCAUGUAUCUAGCUGGACGUCUCUGUAAGUUCGACAUCCAGGACUGGACCUCCAAACAGUCGUCCCGGCGCUGGUGGGAGCAGUUUGUCUAUGAUGUACCUGUGGAGGUGCUGGAGGAUAUCUGCCACCAGAUCCUGGACUUGUAUUCUCAGGCGAAGCAGCAGAUGCCUGACGGAGGGAUGGGAACAGGGGACAACCUCCCACCACCUUCCAUCCUGUCCUCCUCAGCCCUUCCACCAGCCAAGAAGGCCUCACCUCAGACCAGCCCCAGACCACCUAGACCAGCUCAGCCCUCUCCCAAGGACGACAGCAAAGCCACAAAGAUCCCGAAUCUAGAGCCUCCUCCACCACCUCCUCCACCCCCACCGCCUCCACCAGUCUCCAUAAACCCUGAUCAUCAGCCUUUCUCCUCCUACCCACCAGCCCCAGAUCUCCCCACUAAUCCAGCCCCCCCACCUUUACCCCACUGCCCUCCCCCGCCACCUCCUCCACCCAUGGACCUACCCGGCUCCAGCUCCCUGGUGUCUAGUGACGGCUACCAGAAGCUGCAGUCCAUGAUGAAGACAGAGGGCUCCUGUUAUACCACUGUACCCCAGGCCUGUGCCCCACCGCUGGGCUACCACCAGCACCCCCCGGGCACCACGUCCUACCACACCCCCCCAGUCUCAGCCUACAGCUACCUGCUUGCACCUCCGCCACCCUCAGUCAUGGGGAUGACACCUAAUUUGAGUAGUGGGUACCUGCCACCAUCAACCGUCGGACACAAUCAGCUCCCCCCUCCGCUUCCACCCGGGAUGCCCCCUGUCAGUGGACUGAGUCGGGGUACAUGGAUGAGAUGAGAACCACCCAGACAGCAGAAAAGUUCAGAUGACAUGUUUUAAAAUAGUUAAUAAUCUGAACAUUAUUACCUUUUCUGAUGAAAGAAAACAUUUCAGUGUUGUCAUGGAGCAGGUAACAGGAGGAAAGAAGGUGCUGCUAAAAAAUCUGUACUUUUACACAAAUGUGAAACAUUGAUGUGGGUUUGACUCGACUUCACAGUGUUAACAGAGACAUGGAGGACUGUCUUCCUUUAGCUCUCUUCUGUUUUGCACAACACAUAAUAAAGACACAUGUGUUUUAUCUUCAGCUCAGAUCAUGUCAUGCCAAGUUGUUAUUUUGCCUUUUGUAUUAUAUUUUUCAGUCUGGAUAUUGUUGGAGUUUUUAGCACAUUAAAGAGAACACUGCAACUUUUUUUUUUUUUUUUUUACAUUGUUCAGCUUUAUAUUUAAAAACAAUCCACAACAGUUUGACGUCACACAGAAAUGCGUUGCCGUCAUCACUUUUUCUUGAAGGUGUUUUGAUGAUAUUUGUUGAAUUGCUUUGUUUUUCUUAUUUUUUAUUUUUAUUUUAUCAUUAUCAGUUUGUAUGUAAAUGUGUUCACCCUUUAAAAUGCUCUGGAUUUGAACUUUUUUAC